AUGCAAGGACUAAGACACUACGACAAGCAAAAACAAACACUCUACGAAGCCUACGUCAGACCGCUUCCUGUAGUCCACUUAGGACGCUCGAAGGACGUAAUCCUCGUUGAGAAUGUCCAGCAAGCUUCUAUCAGACGGUUGCCGGCCCCUUCCUCCGACGAUUGUCCAUGCCUUCCAGGUAAACAACACCAGCUGAACAACAAGAACAAAACCGACCCAGUAAACUUGGAGAAAAGCUUCGACCCCGUGUAUCAAUACUUCCUCAUGGCCGGCCGCCCUGAAGGUCACCAGAUGGAUACCGACCUGGGUUUCCUAAACCUUGAAUAUGAAGUCCCAUGUGACACGAAUUUAACGCAGGGAGAUCAGACAAAAGCUGCAUCAAAUUACAAUAUACGGGGUGUCCUGCAUUUCCUUCAGUCGGAAUGGGCACGGAUGGAAGCUCAGCGUUCUGACUGGGCCACCGAUAGAGCUGAACUCUGUGCUCGAAUAGCUUUUUUGGAAGGUGAGCGCCGUGGUCAGGAAAACCUCAAACAAGAUUUGGUUCGUCGGAUCAAAAUGUUAGAGUAUGCCUUGAAGCAGGAACGAGUGAAAUUUCACAAUUUCAAGGCGAACGUAGCCUCAGGUGGUGGAAGUGCUGCAUCACAAAAAUCGACUGCUAUCGACUGCUCCACACGAAGUUGUCGAACCGAGUUGGAAUCGUCGCGCGCUACCCGAACUUCAGCAAUAACUGCGGAUGCGAAGUUGGCCCACUGCACCGAACAGAUGAAAGAGAUAAACGCAAGGUGGCUGGAAAGUCGGACACGACUAAAAAAGAUUUUGCAAGAAAUCGGAUGUACCGACGCAGUUCUGACCUCUAGACAAGCUCGUGUACUGCAGCUGCUGAAGCACAAUCCAGCUUGGCGUGGAGCAUUGGAAAUGGUAGGAGCUUCCGACGUGAAAGAUGCGUGGCCUGCUUCCCGUAACAUCGGUGAUACUAGCGCUUCAGACGAUCCUCUCAAAGCGGCCCUGGCUGAGAUGGACGAGGUGGUGCGGGGUGACUACGGGUCUGCAUCGGACGCCUCGAGAAACAUGGAAUCUUCAAGUGAUGAAUUCGCUGAACCAGAUACAACAGGCCAUUCCUUGGGAAACUCAGACAUGACACCAUCCUCUGAUGGCAUUCGAAUCAACCGCUUUCGCCGAACUGGCGGAGCUCAUUCUCAGUCUGGAGAAAGAAAAUCAACAGGCCUGUCCAUUGACAGUCAGCAUGGUGGUUCAUUGGAUACCUCGGCUGUCUCAACCGUGACCUCGUUCAUUGACAGCCUGAAACCAAGCGGAAGUCCCGGGCAGGUGAAACGAAUUGGACAUGGAGGUAACCUGGACAAGGAGAUCAUGGAUUUCAUCAACUGUCUUUCCGAUAAGACUGGGGACACGUCUCGUCCCGCACCCAACAGCGUCGCGAGUGGUGGACAAGCGCUUCAUAAUACAACCGUGACCACCGACUGGUCAUCGGAACGCCAAGAUCUACCCUCCAACACUGCAUCAGACUCCACAGAAGUAACGGCCAAGGAAACCAAUCCGGCGGAUGGCCUUCUGCUCGGUGACCUUGCCAGUUUGACUGUGGCGAAUGAGGCAGAAAAUGUCACAGAAGGCGACACUGGACAUAUUGCCUCCUCAUCCCGGGACGCUUUCGACUCCAGUGCUGACCGCGAAAACGCUAGUGGCAUUGCUGGUGAUGUGGAAAACAGUCGCAUUUCGACUACCUUCGGCUACCAACGGUGGACUCCCCGUUUCACUCUCCGUGGUCACUUUGACGGUAUCCGGUCGGUAGCAUUCCAUCCAAUUGAACGUGCCGUUUUCACAGCGGGAGAGGAUGCUUGUGCCUGGUCCCAUGCAAAGCAAACAGGACGUGGUUCCGCCCCCUACUCAAUGGACGAACUUGAUCCGUUCCACGUCUACCGUGGUCACAACGGCCCUGUACUUUGCGCUGUAACACCCAGCGCAGAGGUUGCCCAUUCCAUCCCCUACGCUGCGGUCACUGGUGGGUUAGAUGGAACGGUGCGUGCAUGGCUCAUCCCACCCCAUUCCACCCAUCCGGAGCUGUCCACGGCGAAUGAAACCGAGGCGGUGGUUGACUGUGGUGAAACCUUGCGAGGUUCCUCGUCUGCGGCCGUCUGGGCAGUUGCUAUUCACCCCGCAAACCCGUUAUUGGUGGCGGCUCACGCGGAUAACACGAUUGAAUUUUGGUCACUCGUUUUUGGCCAGGUUGGUACAACUCCACGUAAUGUGAUACACCUUGAUGAACAGUGCUCAGCCUUUGACCUGACCAAAUUCCCCCUUGGUCGGGUCACCUGUUUACAUUACCUCCUCAACCGUCCGGACCCCCAGAAUGCAACUCAUCUGGCUGUGGGCACCAGCACUGGGUGGCUGUUCCUCCUGGAUUCCCAAACCGGUCAGCUAGUGUCUUCUUGCCCUCCUGUACAGGAGCGUGAAACCUCGCCUGCAUGUAUCCAAAAUUUGCCGAGAGGAUGGGGUCCAAGUGGUCUUAACACCCUGGCCUCACAUGCAACCCUAUCCCUUCUGAUUGGAGCCCAUGAAGAUGGAUAUGUACGCUUUUACGACCCCCGCGUCCCGUCGGCAGAUCCGUCUGCAAUUGGUUCUAUCUUUUGUACGGACCAAAUGGUUGCACAUGGUGAUGCUGUCAGCAGUCUGGCGGUAGAUUCACUCGGUUUAUAUUUGCUAACUGGAAGUCAUGAUGCAUCGAUCCGAGUUUGGGACUUGGGCAGCCGUACCUGCGUGCAAGAAAUGACUAAUCCCCGGACUAAGUAUAACGAAGCCGUUCACACAGUGGCCUUGCAUCCGCAAUUUUCAUUGGCUGCCAGUGCUGGAGCAGAUGGAGUUUGUCACAUCUACACCACCUCAGUAUGAUGACCACUCACUUGUAGCCAAAAUUCAACAUAUUCACCGGUUUCCUAAUUCCCGUUUUAAGCGAUUUGUUCACGCUAGAACAUCCACUACUCCGUUUCUGCGCCUCCGACGUUUUCUCCUAACUUGAAAACGACGUUUGCAUGUCACGCGUUAUUUUCGCCACUGGUGUACCGACGCGGGAAAUGCGUUGCUUACUUUAUUAACAUGCUAAUGGUUUUCUUUCGCUCCAUGUUGAAUCACUCAACGAGUCAUUGAUCUUUCCCCGCCCGAUGUACGCGCUCGACUCAUUUCAUUCCUGUUUCGUCAGCCUAGUUCACCAUAGCAUUUGGUUGCUUGAUGAAAGCACAUAUUUACUAUGGGGGGAAUUGUCGAUAUUGUUUCUGCUUUUCGCCUCGAACUCAACACGCAUCGACUCAUGCGUCUGCAACCCCAGCAUCCGACUCGAACCUCAAGCGGGUCAAAUUCCCUGAAUAGUUGCUGGUCCGCUGUUCACCUAGUUUACCAGUGAUAUUUGGUUAUGUUUUAAAUGCUGCGUUCCUAUCCACACUGCCCCAAGUCUCCGACCACUGAGUUUGCUUCCCCCUGCCCAUCAUCAUACCCACCUGUCAGUUAUGUACGAUUGGUUAACUUUUUGUUCUCGUCUAGUAACGAUAACCCUGACACGAAUGCCUUCUCUCUUUCCAUUCCUUGGCAGUUAGC